UCCAAACUGGAAGCUGCAUACAGGAUGGUCUAACAUACAACGACAAGGAUGUGUGGAAACCAGAACCCUGCCAGAUCUGUGUCUGUGACAGCGGCAACAUCCUCUGCGACGAGGUGAUCUGUGAGGACACCUCCGACUGCCCCAACGCUGAGAUCCCUUUUGGAGAGUGCUGCCCCAUCUGUCCCGACACCGACGCCUCCCCUGUCUAUCCAGAAAGCGCUGGAGUAGAGGGUCCUAAGGGAGACACCGGCCCCAAAGGAGACAGGGGACUCCCCGGCCCCCCUGGCAGAGAUGGUAUUCCCGGACAGCCUGGCCUACCGGGCCCCCCUGGCCCCCCCGGCCCUCCAGGCCUCGGCGGAAACUUUGCUCCUCAAAGGUCUUAUGGCUACGACGAGAAAGCCGGUGGCAUGGCUGUGCCCGGCCCCAUGGGUCCUGCUGGCCCCCGCGGUCUCCCUGGCCCUCCUGGUGCUCCUGGUCCUCAAGGUUUCCAAGGUCCUCCUGGUGAACCUGGAGAGCCUGGUGCUUCUGGUCCCAUGGGUCCCCGUGGUCCUGCUGGCCCCCCUGGCAAGAACGGAGAUGAUGGUGAAGCUGGGAAGCCUGGCCGCCCUGGAGAGCGCGGUCCCCCUGGCCCCCAGGGUGCACGUGGUCUCCCAGGAACUGCCGGUCUGCCAGGCAUGAAGGGUCACAGAGGCUUCAGUGGUCUGGAUGGUGCUAAGGGUGAGCCCGGUCCUGCUGGCCCCAAGGGCGAGCCUGGCAGCCCUGGGGAGAAUGGAGCUCCUGGGCAGAUGGGUCCUCGUGGUCUUCCCGGCGAGAGAGGCCGUCCUGGUCCAUCUGGCCCCGCUGGUGCUCGUGGUAACGAUGGUGCUCCUGGUGCUGCCGGUCCUCCUGGUCCAACUGGCCCAGCUGGUCCCCCCGGCUUCCCUGGUGCUGCUGGUGCUAAGGGUGAAACUGGUCCCCAGGGUGCUCGUGGCAGUGAAGGUCCCCAGGGUGCCCGCGGUGAGCCUGGUCCCCCCGGCCCUGCUGGCGCCGCUGGUCCUGCUGGCAACCCCGGUGCUGAUGGUCAACCUGGUGCCAAGGGUGCAACUGGUGCUCCAGGCAUUGCGGGUGCUCCUGGCUUCCCUGGUGCCCGUGGUCCCUCUGGACCCCAGGGUCCCAGCGGUGCCCCUGGCCCCAAGGGUAACAGCGGUGAACCCGGUGCUCCAGGCAACAAGGGAGACACUGGUGCCAAAGGCGAACCCGGUCCCGCUGGUGUCCAAGGUCCACCUGGCCCAGCUGGUGAGGAAGGCAAGAGAGGAGCUCGUGGUGAGCCCGGCCCUGCUGGGCUUCCCGGCCCUGCCGGUGAACGUGGUGCUCCAGGCAGCCGUGGUUUCCCUGGUGCUGAUGGAAUCGCUGGUCCCAAGGGUCCCCCCGGCGAGCGCGGCUCCCCCGGCCCCGUUGGCCCCAAAGGAUCUCCCGGUGAAGCUGGACGCCCUGGGGAGCCCGGCCUGCCGGGUGCCAAGGGUCCUGCUGGUCAAGAUGGCCGCCCUGGUCCCCCCGGCCCCCCUGGAGCCAGAGGUCAAGCUGGUGUGAUGGGUUUCCCUGGUCCCAAAGGUGCUGCGGGUGAGCCUGGCAAACCCGGUGAGAGGGGUGCUCCCGGCCCCCCCGGCGCCGUGGGUGCUGCUGGCAAAGAUGGUGAAGCUGGUGCCCAAGGUCCUCCUGGCCCUACCGGUCCUGCUGGAGAAAGAGGUGAACAAGGUCCCGCUGGUGCUCCUGGCUUCCAGGGGGAGGGGGGUCUGCCGGGCCCCGCUGGCCCCCCCGGUGAAGCUGGCAAGCCUGGUGAGCAGGGUGUCCCUGGAGAUGCCGGUGCCCCUGGUCCCGCCGGUGCCAGGGGCGAGAGAGGAUUCCCUGGAGAACGUGGUGUCCAAGGGCCCCCCGGUCCCCAAGGUCCUCGUGGUGCUAACGGUGCUCCUGGUAACGAUGGUGCUAAGGGUGAUGCUGGUGCUCCUGGUGCCCCUGGGAACCAAGGGCCCCCCGGUCUGCAGGGUAUGCCCGGAGAGCGUGGUGCUGCCGGCCUGCCAGGCGCCAAGGGUGACAGAGGUGACCCUGGCCCCAAAGGUGCUGACGGCGCUCCUGGUAAAGACGGUCUCCGAGGUCUGACUGGUCCCAUCGGCCCCCCCGGCCCCGCUGGUGCUCCCGGUGACAAGGGUGAAGCUGGUCCCCCGGGUCCUGCUGGUCCCACUGGUGCCCGUGGUGCUCCCGGUGCUGUUGGUGCUCCUGGUCCCAAAGGUGCUCGCGGUAGUGCUGGACCCCCUGGUGCUACUGGUUUUCCUGGUGCUGCUGGAAGAGUCGGUCCCCCCGGCCCCUCUGGGAACAUUGGUCUCCCUGGCCCCCCUGGCCCCAGCGGGAAGGAAGGUGGCAAAGGACCCCGUGGUGAAACUGGCCCUGCUGGCCGCCCUGGUGAGCCUGGCCCUGCCGGCCCCCCUGGGCCCCCUGGCGAGAAGGGCUCCCCUGGUGCUGAUGGACCCAUCGGUGCUCCCGGCACUCCCGGACCCCAAGGUAUCGCCGGUCAGCGUGGUGUCGUUGGUCUCCCUGGACAGAGAGGCGAGAGAGGCUUCCCUGGGCUGCCCGGCCCCUCGGGCGAACCUGGCAAACAAGGUCCCUCUGGUUCUCCUGGUGAGCGCGGUCCUCCCGGCCCCAUGGGCCCCCCUGGCCUGGCUGGACCCCCCGGUGAAGCUGGACGUGAGGGUGCUCCUGGUGCUGAAGGUGCCCCUGGUCGUGAUGGUGCUGCUGGUCCCAAGGGUGAUCGUGGAGAGACUGGCCCUGCCGGCCCCCCUGGUGCUCCCGGUGCCCCUGGUGCCCCUGGCCCCGUUGGUCCUGCUGGCAAGCAUGGAGAUCGCGGUGAGACUGGUCCUCAAGGUCCCGCUGGCCCCCCUGGUCCUGCUGGUGCUCGUGGCCCUGCUGGUCCACAAGGUCCCCGUGGUGACAAAGGUGAAACCGGUGAACAGGGUGACAGAGGCAUGAAGGGUCAUAGAGGCUUCUCUGGUCUCCAGGGCCCACCUGGUCCUCCUGGCUCUCCUGGUGAACAAGGUCCUUCUGGUGCUUCUGGUCCCGCUGGCCCAAGGGGUCCUCCUGGCUCUGCUGGUGCUGCUGGCAAAGAUGGUCUCAAUGGGCUGCCUGGUCCCAUCGGUCCCCCUGGCCCCCGUGGUCGCACCGGUGAUGUCGGCCCUGUCCAGCCGCCCCAGGAGAAGGCUCAUGACGGUGGGCGCUACUACAGAGCCGACGAUGCCAACGUGAUGCGCGACCGGGACCUGGAGGUUGACACCACUCUCAAGAGCCUGAGCCAACAAAUUGAGAACAUCCGCAGCCCCGAGGGCACCCGCAAGAACCCUGCCCGUACCUGCCGCGACCUGAAGAUGUGCCACGGCGACUGGAAGAGUGGUGAAUACUGGAUUGACCCCAACCAAGGCUGCAACCUGGAUGCUAUCAAGGUCUACUGUAACAUGGAGACGGGUGAGACGUGUGUCUACCCAACCCAGGCCACCAUUGCCCAGAAGAACUGGUACCUCAGCAAGAACCCCAAGGAGAAGAAGCACAUCUGGUUUGGCGAGACAAUGAGCGAUGGCUUCCAGUUCGAGUACGGUGGUGAGGGCUCCAACCCCGCUGACGUCGCCAUCCAGCUGACCUUCCUCCGCCUGAUGUCCACUGAGGCCUCCCAGAACAUCACCUACCACUGCAAGAACAGCGUCGCGUACAUGGACCAGGACACUGGCAACCUGAAGAAGGCCCUUCUCCUCCAAGGCGCCAAUGAGAUUGAGAUAAGGGCUGAAGGCAACCGCCGCUUCGCCCACGGAGUCACUGUGAGCUCCCCACAGAGUCACACUGGCACCUGGGGCAAGACAGUCAUCGAGUACAAGACAACGAAGACCUCUCGCCUGCCCAUCAUCGAUUUGGCUCCCAUGGACGUUGGCACUCCAGACCAGGAAUUCGGCAUCGACAUUGGCCCCGUCUGCUUCUUGUAA